CAAGAGGGGUAGAAUCUCUCUUGUUGUUUGGCUUUCAAGCCUUCUUCCUUUUCUUUCAUUCUUUCCCUUGUGAUCUUCCUCAUAAGAAAAACAAAACCACAACCAAGGUUUCUUUCCUUCCUUUGCUUGAACUCCACAAACUAAGGAAGGAAAACCAAUUUCUUAUUCCUUUAUUGCCACUUGUUUCAUCUUGUGAUUUUUUUUUUCCCUUGGAAUAUGGUUCAAAGAAAGGUACCAAGCAAGCUUGGUAUCCAAGCUGAACAUGUUAAAUCAAACAUGAAGCUAUCUUCUUCUCAGCACCAAGAUGGAAAAAGUAGAGGAGCUGAUAUGAAGAAGAAAAUGAAGAAGUCAAGGUCUAUCAAGCUUUCUGAUCAUAAGGGUCUUCAAUCAUCAUCACCUUCAAGGAGAAGCUUUUCUCAACCAGGAAAGCCACAACCUCUUCAUGUUCCAACAACAACAGCAUCUCCACAGAAGCAUCAACCUUUGGUGAGAACAACAUAUGGUUCACCCAAUUACAUGAAGCCCACAAGUAGUUCACAUGCAAAAAAGGAGCUUUUCCUGGUGAGCCACAAGAACACUCAACCAGGUUCUGAUUUUAAAAAUCUGCCAAGAAAAUUUUCCUGUGAUUCAAAAGAUAUUUAUGUUUCUAGUAAAAAACCUGCAAAAACAUUGACAAGAUCAUCUAGUUUGAGUUUGGUGAGAACAUUGACAAAGACUACUAGUUUCAAAGCUUCUAGAACUUGUCCCAGCAAAUCCACCAGAGCUGCUAUAUGUGCUGAUAUGAGUGCACCACAAAAAGCUACAUGUUCUUCAACUUUGAAAAACUCAAAGUUCCCUCAAUACCUUAUGCUUAAUCCUGGGGGAACUGAGUCAGAGGGAACUUCAAUCAUGAAGGUUUGCCCUUAUACAUAUUGUUCUCUUAAUGGUCAUCACCAUUCUGAUUUGCCUCCAUUGAAGAGCUUCAUGUCAUCAAGGAGGCGCCUUUUGAAGACCCAGAAGCGCAUUAAGAUAGAAGCUCUGAGCCCUCGGAGAUUGAAGGUUCCCCAUGAGACAGAGAAGAAGGAUUCUGAUCAUGAGCAGAAUGUCUUUGAUGCAAAACCUGCAUAUGAUGAAAUUGGCAUGGAUAUCUUUAUUGAAAUCUAUGCUAAGGAAAAGGAUGCAAAACCAGCAGAAGAAGCAGAAGAAAUGGGGAAAAUUGAUUUUCUUGAAGAGAUUGAGGGUCAAGAAGAUAACAAGUCUACAAUAGAGGAUGAGGACAAAGUUACUUUAAGCAUUACUGAUACUCCUUCUCCCCUUAAGUCUCAGAUUGAUCUUGAGGAGGACUUGAAAAAUUCCUUUGAUGAUGUUGCAACUGAAGUAGAUACAAAGGGGGAUUUUCUACAAGAACAAAAUGCAGAAGAUGCAGAUGAAGAUCACAAGUCUAGUUUGACUCAUGAAGAAAUAAGUAUGGGAAGCUAUUGCAGUGAUGAGGAACACAUGGGGGAUGUUGACAUGGAUGAUUCUGAUGCCAAAGCCUAUGAUAUGGAGUGGGAGGAGGAACAAUUUUGCAGAUUCGAUCAUGAAAAGGAUGCUGAUUCAAGUGUCUACACAGAGGAGGACAAUGACUCAAAAGUGGAGUCCUUAUCAGAGAGUUCUCAUGGUGUGUCUGUGACAUGGUUAGAUGAUAUCCGUAGCAACUAUUAUGAGGACAUUCUGGUUGAUGAAACACUCAAAGAAGCCAAAUCAGAAGAAGGCACCUAUAUUGAAGAAGAAAGCACAGUUGUUCAAGGCCAGGACUUGUUGGAGGAAGAUCAAGGAAAAGCUAUUAAGUUCCAAAGCACAAGUUGCAUAGGUGGUGAAGAGAAAAACACAAGCAAGAAUUGGAAAGGUUCAAUUAGGAGAAAGAGGCCCAUUGAAGAUGAUGAUGAAAUGAGAAAUUUCAACCCAAGAGAGCCAAAUUUCCUUCCAUUGGUUCCUGAACCAGAACCAGAAAAGGUUGAUCUGAGGCAUCAAAUGGUGGACGACAGAAAAAAUGCAGAUGAAUGGAUGCUUGAUCGUGCACUCAGACAAGUUGUCACAAAACUUGCUCCAGCUAGGAAGAAGAAGGUGGCACUGCUUGUUGAAGCUUUUGAAACGGUAAUGCCAAUACCAAAAUAUGAAAAUCAUACGAGAAACAAUUCAGCAUUUGCUCAUGCAACACGGAUUCAAGCCUGUAGCUGAUAGAUGCUGAGUGUGCACAUGAAGGUCAACAACGAGGAAUUGUUAUCUUGAACAGGAAGCAUAGCCAAUUUCCAAGAGAAAUCUGCAUGCCCGUUACAACAAGUAAUUUGUUGAAUAUCUCCUUUCUGAAGCAUGGAAACAUUCAGCUUGAAGCAUUAAGGAACAUGUAACAGACAGGGUGCUUAGCUCUAUAGAUUUGCUUUACAAAAAUUGUUUAGUGUUCUUUAAUUAUCUGUUUACUUUGUUAUGUUUGUAUUUGACGCACCAACACUUUGUGUUUUAAAUUUAUCCAUGCCUCCGGGUUCUGUUAACUUAUUAUAUUUGUUUCUACAAUGCAGAAGA